AUGGAUUACAUGGACAGUGGACUGAGAUACAGCCCUAACUCGAAUAAAGAAUGGGACACCAGUGUUCAGUUCCUGCCAGCCUCAGAUAACAAAAAGCUUGAGAAGAAAAAGGGUCCGGGAAAAGCUGGAGCUGUGAUCGGCGUGUUGAUCUUUGCUGCUGUAAUCGCGCUUAUGACCGGUCUGCUGGUCUGGCAUUUCCACUUCCGUAAAGAUGUUCGGGUCAAGAAGAUGUACAGCGGCUCCAUGCGGAUUACCAACCAGGUUUUUGAUGACAGCUAUGAGAACUCCAACAGCUCCCAGUUCAAGGCGCUGGCAAAGCAGGUGAACGCACAGCUUAAAGCCAUCUACACUAAGAGUCCCCAGCUGGCCAAAUACUAUGUUGGUACUAAGGUUCAGGCUUUCAGCGAAGGCAGCGUUAUUGCCUACUACCUGUCUGAGUUCAGUGUCCCUGUAGGCCAAGGGGCAUCUGUGGACAGCGCCAUGACAGCCAUCGACAAGCUGGUGGACAAAGAGCAGCGUAGCCUGUACAGACCUGGCAACUCUCUGGUCCUCGAAGAUGUGGUGUCCUCAGCACUCGAUUCUCGCAUGUUUUCAACGUCAUUCAAUGACUUUUUGAGGUACUCUGAACAUACAAGGAGGAAUAAGAUUGGGACGAUAGAAUCCCCCGGCUUCCCCAACAGACCUUAUCCUGCCAACACCUUUAUGCAGUGGCAGCUGAGAGCCGACCCCGGCUACGUCGUCAAGCUUGAAUUUGACACGAUGAACCUGGAAGAAAACUGCAAGAAUGAUUUUGUCAAACUUUAUGACUCCUUGGUGGCCAUUGAGAGCCGCGUCAUGGACGAGAUGUGUGGGUACUACUCACCCAGUGAACCACUGACCUUUCUGUCUUCUGGUAACGUCAUGCUCGUAACUAUGGCCACGAACGAGAAGAAGAAUUUCCCGGGCUUCAGAGCACAGAUCUCACAAGUUCAACGUGGAAGUGCAGGUACAACAUGUGGUGGCCAGCUGACAGGCAACAAAGGCGAGUUCACUUCUCCCAACUUCCCGAAUUACUAUCCACCACGAACUACAUGCCAGUGGUCGAUCCAGGUCCCAGUUGGUAAAGCGGUGAAGGUGACGUUCAAAAAGUUCCUCUUGUCAGAGCCCGGACAGGAAAACCGUAAGGACUGUCGCAAAGACUACGUGGCGAUAGACGGGAAGAAAUUUUGUGGAGAACAGCCUGAUGGGACGGUGACAGAAACCAGUAGCAGCAACACAAUGAACGUGGUGUUCUACUCCGAUGCCUCCUACGUGGAUCGAGGUUUCAGCGCCGAGUUUGAGGCCAUUGAUAUGAAAGAUCCUUGUCCAAAGCAGUUCCAGUGCAAAAACCAGCGCUGUAUAAAGUUGGCGCUCAAGUGUGACGGUUGGAACGACUGUGGAGACAUGAGUGACGAGUUAAAUUGCAAGUGCAGUUCAAACGAUAUCAGCUGUAAAAAUGGGUUGUGUAAGCCCAUGUUCUGGAAAUGUGACGGUGUCAAUGACUGUGGAGAUGGCACAGAUGAGCUGAACUGUGGUUGUAAAUCUGGAGAGUUCAUGUGUAAGAAUGACAAAUGUGUCUCUGAGAAGAAGCGCUGUGACGGCACUAACAACUGUGGAGAUGGGUCAGAUGAGCUGGGCUGUGCAAAAGGUGGUGAUGUUACCUGCACUGAUCUUACAUAUAAAUGUAAAAACAAAAAAUGCAUCAGUAAAGUUAACCCAGAAUGUGACGGGACACAGGACUGUGAAGAUGGAUCUGAUGAGGAGAACUGCGACUGUGGGAGGAGUAUGUUUAAGACGUCGCGUAUUGUCGGUGGUCAGGAUGCAGAAGAAGGGGAGUUUCCCUGGCAAGUCAGCCUCCACGUCAAAAGUUUCGGUCACGUGUGCGGAGCGUCCAUCAUCAGUCCACGCUGGCUGGUCACUGCUGCUCACUGCGUGCAAGAUGACGGCAGGACAAAAUUCUCUCAGCCCGGCACUUGGGAAGCUUACCUCGGCCUCCACGCCCAGCAAAAUGUUGGACGUAAUGUGGCGAAGAGGAACCUGAAGCAGGUCAUAUCCCACCCUAACUACAACUCCUACACCUACGACAAUGAUAUAGCCCUGAUGGAGCUAGACAGUCCUGUCACAUACUCAGAUUACAUUCAGCCCAUCUGCUUACCAGCUGCCCAACAUGACUUUCCAGCUGGUAACACCGUGUGGAUCACGGGAUGGGGCGCCACUCGGGAAGGAGGAUUUGCUGCAAAAGUGCUCCAAAAAGCCCAGGUCCGUGUCAUCAACCGCUCUGUGUGUAAUACCCUGAUGGGAGGGCAGAUCACAUCGAGGAUGUUGUGUGCUGGAGUGCUGAGCGGAGGAGUCGAUGCUUGUCAGGGAGACUCUGGUGGUCCACUGUCCAGUCCACUCAAAGGUCGUAAUUUCCUGGCAGGAGUGGUGAGUUGGGGUGAUGGCUGCGCUCGCAGAAACAAACCUGGUAUCUACACAACAGUGACCAAAUACCGUGGCUGGAUAAAAGAGAAGACAGGAGUGUAAAACGAUGAGAAGUGGUCAAGGAACAAGACCAAAGACAUGAACAUGGAUUGAUGACAAGUACUGUAGUGCAGAUCGGAAAAAUCCCACUUUGAAUUUCCUCUGAUUUGCCUCUACGUCCAGUUGUAGCAGCAGAGGAAAAUGCACCGUCUGCUUGAAGAGCAAUUGCAACACAUUUUAAUGACCACUGUGAUCUUAUGAGGGUGGGGAUAAUGAAAUGUAAAUAUUGUUUUAUUUUUGUUUGGGGUUUUUUGCUUUUUUGUUUGUUUUUUGCUGUUGUUAUUUUAUUGGAGAAUAAUGUUAUAUGCAGCAUUGGAAAUAGAUUUUUAGGUGUGAUUGUUACACAUAUACUCUGAACCAUCAUAUGAAUUUCCCACCAUUUAUCCUUGUUGUCUUUUGUUCUUAAAUGUAUAAAUUAAACAAACAAGACAGCAAGCUCAAUCCUUCAUACCUCCUAUGGUUUGGUAUCUUAUGCAUUUACUUUAAAAUGUUUGUCCAACAGAGAUUACUGAGUGCACUCCUCACCUUUGUAUGCAAUAGUCUGAUACUUCAUUUUAACAGAUGUGAACAAUUAUGAAUUUGACAUGACUUUUAGUCUA